GCUACUGGAAGCUGCCAAGAGCAGCUGUGGUGCUCUGCCAUAUUGUGUCUUCCCCUACCCAUCCCUCGCCCCUCCGCUGCGGCGGCCGAGCUGACGAACUGUAAGAGUAAAUGGGUCCAGUAAUUGGAAUGACUCCAGAAAAGAGAGCUGAAACUCCAGGAGCUGAAAAGGUUGCAGGAUUGAGCCAGAUUUACAAAAUGGGAAGCUUGCCUGAAGCUGUUGAUGCUGCCAGGCCAAAGGCCACUCUAGUGGAAAAUGAGUCAGCAGAUGAUGAACUCACAAACUUGAACUGGCUUCACGAAAGUACUAAUCUCCUAACAAACUUCAGCUUUGGAAGCGAAGGUCUUCCAAUUGUUAGUCCAUUGUAUGACAUAGAAGGAGAUGACGUGCCAUCCUUUGGACCAUCGUGCUAUCAGAACCAAGAAAAAAAAUCAGCAACUUCAAAGCCCCCAUACUCCUUUAGUCUUCUCAUUUAUAUGGCUAUUGAACACUCUCCAAAUAAGUGUUUGCCAGUCAAAGAAAUUUAUAGCUGGAUUCUGAACCGCUUCCCGUAUUUUGCAACUGCACCAACUGGCUGGAAGAAUUCUGUUCGACAUAAUCUGUCCCUGAAUAAAUGUUUUCAGAAAGUGGAAAGAAGCCAUGGCAAGGUUAAUGGAAAAGGUUCCUUAUGGUGUGUUGAUCCAGAAUAUAAACCCAACCUUAUGCAGGCACUGAAGAAGCAACCUUUCUCCUCAAAAUCCACAUUUUACAGCCCUCCUGCAUCACCACAAAGUGGUUCUUUAUCACCUCACUACUUAAGCUCUGUACUCAAGCAGAACCAGGUGCGAACUCUCAAAGAAUCUGAUAUUGAUGCUGCCACUGCAAUGAUGCUUUUAAAUACUUCUAUAGAACAAGGAAUUUUGGAAUGUGAGAAGCCUCUGCCUCUGAAAACAGCAAUGCAAAAAAAGAGAAGUUAUAGCAAUGCGUUCAGUCAUCCCAGUGCUGUGCGAUUACAUGAGAGUGAUUCUUUAGCCACCAGCAUUGAUCCAAAAGAAGACCACAAUUACAGUGCAAGUAGCAUGGCAGCGCAGCGUUGUGCGUCCAGGUCUAGUGUGUCCUCUCUGUCUUCUGUGGAUGAGGUGUAUGAAUUUAUCCCAAAGAGUAGCCAUGUAGGAAGUGAUGGCAGUGAAGGAUUUCGCAGUGAAGAAGACACAGACGUUGACUAUGAAGAUGAUCCACUUGGAGACAGUGGCUAUGCGUCGCAGGCUUGUGCAGAUACGACUGAAAAGGGGCAGCCAGACAAAAAGAUGCGAAAACAAGCAUGUCAAGAAAUUGAUGAGGAGCUCAAAGAGGCAGCUGGAUCUCUGCUCCACCUUGCUGGUAUUCGUACGUGUCUAGGUUCCCUAAUAAGUACUGCAAAGACACAGAAUCAAAAGCAGCGGAAAAAAUAG